ACGUCGUUCACUGUUUUCAGCAUUACAGGCGUGACAUAAUCCUCUGUGCAGGUAUCCUUUCUUUAAAUAUUAUACUGUACACCAUGUCUCCUACGUAUCUAGUACAAGUAUUACAUGAAUAGCGAACACAUUUUAGCAGCUGAUGAAUUCUCAUCGCCAAUGACAGUUGGCUUCGGAAUCAUUUUGCUUUUAAAAUAAUUUGAAAUACAGUACCAAAAAUGCCACUAUAUUGUCGCUUUUGCUUAAAAAGAAAUCCGAGCAAUUUUUCCGUUUAUUCAUAUAUGAGGAAAAAAUAUUUACCUAGAGUAAUUUUCCACAUCAGUGGAGUACAGGUAUCGAUAGAGGAGGAGCCGGAUGCGCAAAUUUGUAAUCGCUGCGCUGUGUCAGUAUUGGUUGCUCAAAACAUUAUACUUCGAAUACAAGAAUCAGAAGAGUACUUCCAAUUUCAGCGUGUUAAGGCGAGUGUUCCACAAUGGCAAUCGCCAAUAACAACUACGAAAAAUUUCGACCCAAAUGUUGGUGAAUUACUAUCAAAUGAUUAUGAGGAAUCAAAUUCAAUUUCACACUGGAGCAUAGCAGAGGAAUCUUCGAAUAACCAACGAAGUGAAUUGGAUAUUUCACAUCAUGACAGCAAAAUCCAGACAGUUACAUUAAAUAUAUCUGAAAAAAUCGAUAGAUGCAUGUCUUCGCAUGAACUAGAAUCCAAACGUAUCAAAAGCGUUGGCGUCGCAUCAGUUAUUUUCAAUUGUGAAGAGUGCGAUUAUAGUACCAAGAUAGGUAAACGUAUAAUAGAACAUAAACAAACUGAGCAUGGUGUUUAUGAUCCAAACAUCUACUCUUGCAACCUUUGCUCUCAAUCUUUUUCCUGGAAACCCACACUCUAUCGCCACAUUGAGCUCGACCAUAAAACAUUACCUGCAGAUAAAAAAUAUCUAUGUAAUGAAUGUGGGCGCGCCUACAUGCGCGAAGUCCACCUGCUCGAACAUAUAAAACAGCGUCAUAGACCACGUAACUUCAAAUGCCCUGAUCCAUUGUGCGAGCAAUCUUUUACCCGAACUUUUACUCUACGGAGGCAUUUCAUCACCUCGCAUACUGAACAUACUAGCACUCGGUAUCACUGCAUAGAUUGUGAUAAAUACUUUAAAGUUUACGAUCAGUGGAAAUAUCAUAAUCAAGUGAUUCACAAAAAUGAGACAGUAUAUUGUCCACAUUGUGGAUAUCCUUUCCGUUUUAAAGAGAAGUUAGAGGAACAUCUUUUGAAGGAUGUUUGCAAACGUAGUGUGGUGCCCUGCUCUUAUUGCCAGAGACGUUUUACUACAAAAACUGGGCUUAGGGAGCAUGUCCGAAAUAUACAUAACAUUUAUUGAGUUUUAAGACCGGUAUUCUCAGUGCCUACAUUAUGGACAUAUGUAUUAUACAUAAAAAGAAAAUGCUCAAUAAAGUGUAAGAUCCAAACUUAA